UUCUAACUUCUGUGACACUAGGUUUGGUUCAGCGUUGAACACAGCUGACUUACUGCCCGCUAAAUGGUCGGGAGCUGACGACCCAACUCGCCAUUGUUCAAUGGCUUCAUAUUACGCAUGUCACAAUUAACGGUCGUGCUAUUGACACAAUAGCGGGCACACAUAAUAUAUGCUUUCAAAGCGCUGGUAUAGAGUGUCUCUGAGGUAUAUACACUUAUAACAUCCAUGGAUUGUUUCUUAGGCGUGCUACGCAAAGCCCAACUUGCGUGCGGAGAUUGCUCCGUCUGAUUGAGCCGGGACCGUUGAGCUAAACACGGCGUUUCUCAGGGCGAGGAAUUAGUGUACGAGAAACAGGCAGUCGUGUCCAGGUUGCCGACCAAGGAGUAAUUUGGAGGUGAUCUUGACCGAUAGUCAACGUUUCUUGGAUUUAUAUUGAAAUAGAUUCAGUGAUUGGACUUGAAGCGGGAAUCACUGAAUCAAGGCAGACGACAUUCGUUAAAUGACUGAGAAAAUUCAAGGACACUCGUUUGACAAACACGCACAAGUGAGCGACAUAGGUUGGUGAAGCUAUUUACUGUUAGUCCAUGUUUGACAUAGUUCGAGCGUCGCAAUAUGAAAAUGAGGACUAAAAUAUCAGUGAUAUAGAAAUUUAAUCCAGGAUCAUACAGCGCCCUUGGUAACCAGACAAUACUUCAAAAUACGAAUCUUUGAAUUCGAUAAAAAACGGAUUCAAAGAAUUUGACCAGGAAGAGGGAAUAUUCCUGAAAUAGACAUUCCAGGUCUUUGGACAGAUUUAUACAGAAAAGGGGUGAAAUCACUCAAGAGACAUUCCGGGUGUUAGGCGGGUAUAAUGUCCUACCAAGGCCAUAUCAGCGUGUCGUCUUCUCGGUCAACCAAUCAGACGUGUUGAGGAUACACCACAGACUUACUUAUCCAUCGUCGACGAAGGUUCCAGUGUAGUCAUCGUCAUGCCGUCGAUGUAUGAGAGAGUAGUUGCCGUUGUGGACCGACCACCGGACCUACGGACAGACUUUGAAUGCCACGAGUUUGUGCCUUGGUUUAGGAACAAGGCCACGCUAUUCAAGUCCGUCAAACCAGAAAUUGUUAAAGAUGUCAUUAAGCAUAGCAGUUUUGAGAAGAACUUUGCAGAUGACGUCAUCAUCCAGCAAGGUGACCAUGGUGACAAACUUUACAUCGUGCUGCGGGGUAAGGUGUCCAUCUACGUCAUCCACGACAAGGAGAAUGAGAACGACAUCGUCGCCCAGGUGGAGAGCGCGUGCAGCAAGAAGAAACUGGACAGGACCCUCCUCGGUCAGCACGUCUGGACGUCAGGGGAGGGUCAAGCGUUCGGCGAGGUGGCCCUGCUCAAAGAGGACUGCAUCCGUACGGCGAGCGUGGUGGUGGACGAGGAUACGGACCUGCUGGUUGUAGACAAGGCCCUGUACAACCGCUCAGUCAGGGACGUCAUGGAACGAGAGUACAACGAGAAGACAGCUUUCGUGGACAAGAACCCGCUGUUUAACACGUGGUCAUUCAAACAGAAACGACAUCUCAUCAUCAGCUUGAAGAAGGAGACCGUUCACUAUGGCUGCCGUAUGACGAAACAGGGCCAGGCUGCCAAUGAUAUGUACUUCAUACUACGGGGUGAGGUAGAAAUAGUGCUGGACCAGACAGCGUAUAAAUUCCAGUUUCCACAGCAGUGGGCGGAGCUUAACACAGUGCUGCCUGAACUACUUUCCGACAAGAAGAACGUGUCGGUGUCUCCCCACGAAAUGUUACGCAAGAGAAAGAACGAACACAAGGCACAUCAGAUCUGCUUCCUGGGGGAGAACGAGCAUCUAGGUGCUCUGGAGAUGGUCCUUGGCCUAGAGAGUUACAUUGAGACCGCCACGACCACGGCUGCUUGCGACAUGCUCGUUCUGCGCAGAGGUCAGUACGACCGGAUGUUCAAGCGGAAGUACGCCACCCAGUCUGUGGUGAAGCUGAAAGAGGACCUGGCGACACGUCUGUGUCUCUACAUUCACCAGACAACAUCCGGCAACUGUGCCUUCCUCAAAUUCCUAAAUAUGAAACUUGAAGACCAGCGACUCCUAAAAACGUUGAAGGAGACGAAAAGCAGGAAUGCCUCCAAAGGAAAACGUCGACUAGUUCAGGAACACACUGUCGAACCAACCGACUGCCAAGAAGAUGAGUGGGCCCUCAUUCUGAAGCGGCUGCACAUGCGCCUGGACACCACGGUGUCACUUCCGGCAGCCAGUGCCACUGAGCAGGUGAUUUCAAAGAUGGAGGGGAGGCUGAAGGGGUGGGUCGAAAGGAGCAAGCUUCAUCUACCAGCUUUGGCGAAUGGCAAGACGAUGGGAUUACUUUCAGAUGAAAUGAAAAUACUUGACCAGGCACUGUCAUGAGAACAGCGUUGAUUAGCGGGAGCAUCAGCUUGUGUUGACGAACGCGAUGGGAACAGGCUCUCCAUUUAUACCAUGUUUUUAUUUGUACAGCCAAGAUUGUGCCAUUCCGCAGAAUGCCGGACACAUGCCUAGCCCACGUGUUAAUUGAUCUGGCCUUCAAAACAUGGCCAUUGACUUCAUUCUGCGUGUUUUGAAACCUCGUUAAUCCAUACAUCCUGUCUUCGGUACGAUCUUGUUGGGAACGACUGUAUAUAUCCAAGGGAAAGUUACCUCGUAUUAAUGGUCCGGAUAAACGAGGUUUCACCACAUUGGAAUCCGAUUUUGUAAGGUUUUGUGUCCAGGAUAGACUGAUCUUCUGCCUCUGUUGCGCACGCUUGCUUGUCUAGACAGCCAGCUUAGGCGAAAAGGGCAGGGGACCAGUCUAGCGUCGAGGAUUACCAGUGGCGUUUAUUUUGCCGCAGUGGAUGAUUCAGUCGGAGAGGGUAUUAUUAUAUUACUCUAAAGAAGUUAAGGCUUAAACUAUUACGAAUCUUGACACCCAAACUUCAUGGGAACAAUUUUGAUCCAAAUGUCGUUUGUCCUCCAACUGGGUAUUACACGUGGUCGCCGUCGGGUAAACAAGAAACUAAAACCGGUACCAGGAUACGAAAGUGGAAUCAGAAACUGUUGCCAUGACAACUGUUCUGUGAAGACACGACGAUUGUGCCAGUUAAAACACAAAUCUCCCAAAGCAAUGCCAGUGAUGUUGACAUUUUGUUUUACUACGUUUGUACAUAGGGAGUGUCUUGUUGAACGCCAUCAGAAAUCAGGUCACUGCUCCGUGAUGUGAACGCGAACUUCUGUGCUGGUGUUAAUAUGUGCGUUCAUUCAGGGAGAGUGAUUCUGAUCCGAUCUUGUAGGAUUAAUAGCAUUAAUGUAUUGAGAAAUGCCAUUACAAUUUCAGUAGCGCCUGGCGAGAUCGUCAUCACAGAGGCAUAGUGCGCCGAGUUAAGUAGGUUUUUAUGUAUUUAUUGGUAUCUGAUAUAACGAGACGCGACAUGUACUAUAAAUGUAUUCAACAGCAGUGAGUUGGGUACAGCCCCGCUUCAAUCUCAUUAAAAUCAGAGCUUAGUGUUCGCCACUGCUACACAAAGAUUUGAGGUCAUCCUGUUAGAGGUCACGUCAGAAUGACCUUACGCGAACUCUGACCGACCAAUGAAAUGAUAAACAAGAAGUCGACAAUAGCCAAUCAGAAAGCAGCUUUCUCGAGCUUUACGGCACUAGUUUCAAACUGACGACUUUCAUUCCAGAUUACCCUUUGAAAACUUUUGAUUCAGAAUGUGAAAACUGAACAAAAGAAAUUAAAUUCUGGAAUGUCCACGAGGGCCGUGAUCCCACAGGCUAUGGAAAUUCUCUUCAGUUUCAAAUGUUUAUCCCGUUGAAGCGUUCGAUCGACGAUGAUUUUGACCUGCAAAGAGUGCUAGGAGCCUAUUCUAAUGGGGUCUCUAUACAAUAUGAAUGUGUAACACGUGCAUAGUUUUUAUAUAGACUUUUGCCAUUGAGCAUAUCACCGCCCUGUAACUGAGCUGGACCAGACAUACUUUAGAGGUUUAUUGCUAGCAUGCGUGUCAUCAGAGCAGUCGGGGCAGCGUCGUCUUCAGCUAGGUCACCCACGUCCAGGGGGCCUUACAACUGUGGAAUAUUUGAUUUCUAUUCCGUCUGGAAAUCUUUUAGACUGAGUGAGUGAGUUUGAUUUUACGCCGCUUUUAGCAAUAUUCCUGCCUGAUCACGGCGGGGGAAGCGAACCCCGGUCUUUGGCGUUUGAGCGAACGGUUUUAUCACUCCGCUACUCGACCGCUGCUCUUUUAGACUGACAUUUAGAACCAGAAAUAAUGUUAUCUAUUUCAAAAUAAUUAUCCACAAAAUAUAAACAAUAGAAGCCAAAUGGAGCCCAGAACAAUCCUUAAUUUCCCAAGCUGAGCUGAGGCGAUCUAGACUUACCAAACAGGAAGUCAAGGGACUGGUGUUGAGUAACGUCUCAACGGGCAGUCAUGCAAUGAUGUUUGUUUGAUGUUUAACGCCGCACUCAGCAAUAUUCCAGCUAUAUGAUGGGGGUCUGUGAAUAAUCAAGUCUGGAUCAGACAAUCCAGUGAUUGACAUCAUGAACAUAGAUCCACGCAAU